UAAGAUCACUCUUUAUAUUUUUUCCCACUUUCCUUUGAGAAAACUUAGACAAAAAAAGUAAACAAACGAACCAGAAAGAAGAAAAAAAAAUGGCAUUGAGAAUGUGGGCUUCAUCUACAGCAAAUGCUCUCAAGCUCUCUUCUUCUGUCUCCAAAUCUCAUCUCUCUCCAGCUUUCUCCAUCUCCAGAUGCUUCUCCUCAGUGUUGGAAGGACUUAAGUAUGCAAAUUCUCAUGAGUGGGUGAAGCAUGAAGGCUCAGUUGCUACAAUUGGUAUCACUGACCAUGCCCAGGGACAUUUAGGAGAAGUUGUGUUUGUGGAGCUGCCAGAACCAAACAGUUCUGUGACCAAAGAAAAAAACUUUGGAGCUGUUGAGAGUGUUAAGGCCACAAGUGAGAUUCUAUCUCCAAUCUCUGGUGAAGUCAUUGAGAUUAACACAAAGCUGACAGAGUCACCUGGUUUGAUCAACUCAAGCCCUUAUGAAGAAGGAUGGAUGAUAAAGGUGAAACCGAGCAGCCCUGCAGAGUUAGAAGCCUUGAUGGGUCCAAAGGAAUACACCAAGUUCUGCGAAGACGAAGACGCUGCUCACUAGAGGGUUUCUUCGCUUUUUCAUGUCCUUCAAAAACAGAGCAAAACAAGAGAAUCCAUGCUAAAGUUUCAACCUUUCACUUAUCAAAUGUUUCUUAGCUUGUACCUGUGUGAUACUAGUUUGGUUUUUAAGAUCAUGCAAUCAAAAUAAUCAGAGCUUUUUAA